AUGUCAUCCAUGGCUACGACUUCCUCAUAUGCUAACAUAGUUAGCAAUGUUCCGAGGUCUGUUGCCAAUAGUACUAGUACUGUCAACAAGAAAACAGACUUUGUACCUGCUACCACUUUAUUAUCUACAAAUAACAGAGUGGAUGAUGAAGGUUUUUUUACACCCAAAAAUAGCGCAAAGAAGCGGUCAUCAUCCGAAUCUGAAAAUGUUUUUAAUGCUAUUGCUAACUCUUCCUCUUUGAGUUCUCGAACCAAAAAAGUUGCUUUACAGCCACCAUCACCACCACCUAGAAAAGAAAAAAAGAAAUCAAAUAUUAAUAAUAAUAGUAAUAAUAAUAAAAAUAACAAUAAUAACAACAAUAAUAAAUUAAAGUCUGCUGCUGCUGGGGCUAACACCCCUUCAGCAAUUCCUAUUAUUACUCCUGAAGUAAAACAAGGCAAAAUAUCUUUAUGUAAAGAACCCCCUCAGGACAGGGAAUCCACUGCGACCCUGGCGGAAUCCAUGGACGCCAUUGAAAACAUCGCAGAUACCCAGCUUCUUAACGAGAUGCUGGGUAGCAUGACUCCCUGUCGAUCCACCGACGGGGAGGGUUUCGGUUCGGAGGAGGAAUGA